AUAACUUGGCAAGAUGAACAUUCAGCUCCAUUCUCCUGGGAAACAAAGAGUCAGAUGGAGUUCAGUGUUGCAUCUCUGUCCAUACAAGAACAAGGUGGUGCCCAGUUGCAAAAUGAACAGAGGCAGCCCGUUAAAGCAGCACCUGGUGUCCAAGUCUCUAAAUCUUCUCAGGCCAAUAAGACCUCUGGCUCUGAUGGGUUGAUAGCAUCAAGAAAGGAAGAAGAGUCGUCUUUCUGGAAGAUAAAUGCAGAGCGCUCAAAGUUUGAAGGAGACAAGUCUGAUUUCCAGUCCCUGACCCCUAGCCAGAUCAAGUCCAUGGAGAAAGGGGAGAAACCCCUCCCCUCUUUUUACAGACAAGAGUCUGCUCCAAAGGAGAUGGCAAAAGCUGAGAAGCCCGGCAUAACUAAACCAGAGAAGUCUGUUGCCCCCAGCCUACCUUCUGUAUCUCUUGAAUGGGAGAAACCUCGACCCACUCAACUCCCUGCUAGUUCUCUAGAUGACUUCUUUCUUCCUGACCCACCACGGGACCUGGCAUCUUCUAGGACGAACAAGGAAGAUACUGAUGGUACUAUACUUACAGAUCCACAAAUGCCUGGACAGACUAGUACAAGCAAUGUUAUCUUGAAGACUGGCUUUGAUUUUCUAGACAACUGGUAAAAGAUGCUUCAAAAUAGAUCAAAACAAUUUCGGGGAAGGAGUGGAAUAUCUUUCUCCUUGUAUAUUAAUUUACUAGCAUUUGUGUCUUUUUCUAGAAGUAACUUUCAAAUUCUUAAAUGUUGCCUUUGUAUAAACUUUUGUAAUACCAUAUGCGUUUUUGUUUUUUAAACAGUGAUAGAAGUGUGGUUUCGUUUGGAUAUUUUUUUAAUAUCUGUUAAAAUUUUUAGUAGCUACUGUAUUGAGAGGAUGGGAGAAGUUAACAUACACAUGUUACAGAAAAACAAAUG